UUUUUAAUAAUCACAAAACGGGUUUCGCUUUGUUGCGGUAAUUAAAAUUACCUUUCGCUUCUUACGUACACAAAACAUUUUCGUAUCGUUUUUUAAGGAAACAAAAUAAGGAUAGCCAACAGGCUGGAAAAUUAUCGCGGAAAAAAUGGCUGGAUUCAACGAAGAGGAAGGUUUCUAUCAGACAAAUUUCUAUGACAACCAGAAUUACGGAUUUGAUCCCAAUGCACAGGCACCAUUUGGUCAAGAACCACAAUUUGGGCAGUUUGAUUACAAUCAGGGCUAUACCAAAGGCUCUACGUUUGGCGGAGAUGCUGGUUUUGGAGCGGAUCAAAGCUCAUACACUGGGUCUAUCCUGACCCCCAACGCUAUGGCUUACACAGAUAAAACAGUAGGUGGAGACACUGAAGAAGAUGAACCUCCACUGCUAGAAGAAUUAGGAGUUAACUUUGACCACAUCGUACAAAAGGUAAGUUAAUUUUAUUUACCUG